GGGGGGGGGGUGACUAAUGGGGUUCGGAAAACCAAUCCUUUACCGGAAAUUCCAGCAAAAUUGUAACCGAUUGAAGGCGCGAAAUCAUGACCGAUUGCGAGAAGGGUGAGCAAUUCGUCUGCAUCAGCUGCGUAGAAGAGGUACGGUAUUCCUUCGUCAGCCACCUCUCCGAAGCUCUCCGCCGGAAAGGCAUAGAUGACGUGAUCGUGGAAGUAGAUGAUAGCGACGAUCUCUUCUCCCAAGAGUCCCAGGCGAAAGUUGAGAAAGCUAAGGCUUCUUUGCUGGUUUUGCCCGGAAACUCCACGAUAUGCCGUGAUAAGUUUGUGAAAGUUCUCGAGUGCUGCCGGAGGAACAGCGAUCAGGUGGUGGUUCCAGUGUUGUACGGCGACAGCCCAUUGCAAGGCGAAUGGCUCACCGCGCUGGGUUUGAGAGGCUUAUCACCACUCCACCAAUCUAGGGAGGAAUGUAGUGACUCCGUACUUGUAGAAGAGAUUGUGAGAGAUGUGUACGAGAAGCUCUUCCAUAUGGGACGAAUUGGAAUCUACUCGAAGCUGCUAGAGAUAGAAACAAUGGUUUGCAAGCAACCCCUGGGCACCCGCCUUGUUGGAGUUUGGGGAAUGCCUGGCAUAGGCAAGACGACACUUGCUAAAGCCGUCUUUCAGCCAAUGUGUAACUACUUUGAUGCUUCUUGUUUCAUUGAAGACUCUGAGAAAGCUAUUCAUGACAAGGGACUUUAUCGGUUGCUUGAGGAGCGGCUUUUGAAAGAACAUCCUGGCACUGGCAGUACUAUUACAACACCGAGUUUGCUUAGAGACAAAUUAAGCAGUGGGAGAAUCCUUGUUGUUCUCGAUGACGUGGGUGACCCUCGGGUCGCUGAGUCUUUUCUCGACGGGUUUGAGUUCGGUCCCGAAAGCCUGAUCAUCAUAACCUCUAGUGAUAAACAGGUGUUUCGACUUUGCCGAAUCAAUCACAUAUACGAGGUUCAGGGGCUAAAUGAGAAAGAGGCUCUACAGCUAUUCUGCUUGUGUGCGUCUAUAAAGGAUAUUACAGAGCAGAAUAUGAAUGAGCUGUCAAUGAAAGUGGUUCAAUAUGCUAAUGGAAAUCCAUUAGCUCUCAGUGUUUUUGCUAGAGAGCUCAAGGGUAAUAAAAAUCUGUCGGAAAUGGAGGCUGCGUUCCUUAAACUAAAGCAACAUCCUCCGUUGGAGAUUGUUGAUGCAUUCAGGAGCAGCUAUGAUACACUCAGCGACAGCGAAAAGAACAUUUUUCUGGACAUAGCUUGUUUCUUCCAGGGAGAAAAUGUCGACUAUGUGAUGCAACUGCUUGAUGGUUGUGGUUUCUUUCCACAUGUUGGAAUCGAUGUUCUUGUUGACAAGUGUCUGGUGACUGUUUCCGAAAACCGAGUGCAGAUGCAUAAUUUGACCCAAGAUGUUGGCCGAGAAUUCGUUGUUGGAGAAACAAUACACAUUGAAAGGCGCAGUAGAUUGUGGGAACCUCAGAACAUCAAAUAUUUAUUAGAAGAGUGUGAGCAUGAAGUAAUUGGAGAAGCCAAAACAAGUUUCAAACGUGCUCAGGGAACUGAAGAGAUCGAAGGCAUGUUUUUGGACAUUUCGAACUUACAUUUAGAUAUCAAGCCUGCUGCCUUUGUGAAUAUGUUGAACCUUCGGUUGCUGAAGAUAUACUGUUCCAAUCCUGAAAUCCGUCCUGCAAUCAAAAUUGCCAAAGGCUUUCUCCAUUCUCUUCCUAAUGAGCUAAGACUCCUCCAUUGGGAGAACUAUCCCCUGGAAUCCUUCCCUCAAAAUUUUGAUCCUAGACACCUUGUUGAAAUCAAUAUGCAGUACAGUCGACUUCAGAAACUUUGGGGUGAAACCAAUAACCUCGAGAUGUUGAGGACGGUCAGGCUUUGCAAUUCUCAGCAACUAAUUGAUAUUGACGAUCUCUUAAAAGCUAAAAAUAUUGAAGUAAUUGAUCUCCAAGGUUGUACAAGACUGCAGAGUUUCCCAGCCACAGGUCACUUGAUUCAUCUACGAGUUGUGAAUCUCUCAGGAUGCGCAGAGAUCAGAAGUUUACAGUCGGUUCCACCAAAUAUUGAGACAUUGAAUCUCCAGGGAACUGGCAUAAUAGAAUUACCAGUUUCCAUUGUUAAGCCAAAUGGGGGAGAGCUUACGAGUCUUCUAGCAGAAAUUGAUGGUCUUUCAGAUGCCUUGAAACUUGAGCAUUUAGAAAAUCUGAAGAAAUCUGGCUCGUCUUGUCAAGAUCCUUGCAAGCUUAUUUGCUUGGAGCUGAAAGAUUGUUUUUAUUUGCAAAGUCUCCCAAACAUGGUUAAUUUCGAACUUCUCACAGUUCUUGAUCUCUCUGGUUGCUCAAAGCUCGAGACUAUUCAGGGUUUCCCACGGAACCUGAAGGAGUUAUAUCUUACUGGCACUGCGGUAAGAAAAGUGCCACAACUUCCUCAAAGUCUCGAACUCUUGAAUGCACAUGGUUGCGUCUCUCUGAAAAAAAUUCCUUUGGACUCCGAGAAACUUCCUGUGCAUUACACAUUCACUAACUGUUUUAAUCUUUCUCCACAAGUGGUCAGCGAUUUUUUAGUCAAAGUGUUGGGUAAUGUUAAACACAUACCAAGAGAGCUUCCACUGGAACUCAACGAAGCUCCGGCUUUCAGCUUCUGUGCGCCCUCACAUGUGAAUCAAAAUUCCACACUUGAUCUGCAACCAGGAUCUUCUGUAAUGACACGACUAAAUCCUUCUUGGAAAAACACAGUUUCGGGUUUUGCUAUGCUGGUGGAAGUUGCAUUUUCGGAGGAUUACAGUGAUGCUAAUGGUUUUGGCAUUAAUUGUGUUUGCAGAUGGAAAAACAAGGAAGGACAUUCUCAUAGGAUAGAAAGAAAUUUGCAUUGUUGGGCUGAAGGGAAAGCUGCUCCAAAAGUGCGAAAGGAUCAUAUGUUUGCCUUCUGUGAUGUCAAAUUGCGUGUAAGUACCGACAAAGGAAAUGACCCCGACAUCUGGGCUGACUUGGUUGUAUUUGAGUUCUUUCCUGUCAACCAACAUACAAAGCGUCUAGAUGAUAGUUGCACAGUGAUAAGAUGUGGAGUCUAUGCAAUAACGAGCAAUACAGAUGUUAAGAUGAGCUUACCAGUUUUGUCCUUGGAUUCGAUGAAGGUUUCUGGUAAUGAAGUUGAAGAUGUAUUGAGAGUCAGCUAUGAUGGUUUAAAGGAGAUGAAUAAAGCUUUGCUUCUUUACGUAGCGUGUUUAUUCGAUGACGAGGACAGUGAUUUGGUGGCACCACUGAUUGCUACCAUUGACGUGGACAUUAGCUCUGGGCUCAUGGAAUUAGCCAGUAGGUCUCUCAUUCGUGUAUCUGGAAAUGGGGAAAUAGUGAUGCAUUGUUUGAUACGACGAAUGUGUAAAGAAAUCCUCCACAAUCAAUCCAUGCUACCUGAUAGCCCGAAAGAAUUAGCAAGAGUCUCUAACAGGAACUCUAUUGGUUCUUCUUGGUCUCACGAUGGGAAACGUGACGUGUACCCGAGCUUCAGCAGGCAAGAUGUCAGUAAAACAUUCAUCAGCCAAUUGCUUGUGGCAAUCAAACUUAAAUCAAUCAUCACAUGUGAAAACAAUGAGAUGGACAGUGGCCAGCUGUGUAGCCCUCUUCUUGUACAAGUGAUAAGAGAUUCGAGGAUCUCGAUUGUUGUGUUCUCCAAACGGUACGCCUCUUCAAGCUGGCUCCUGAAUGAGUUGGUGGAGAUUGCAAAGUGUAGGGAAGAGUUGGGUCAGAUAGCGAUACCAUUCUUCUUUGGUGUUGGUCCUUCGGAAGUUCGGAGACAGACCGGUGAAUUUGGAAGGCAUUUCAAACAGAUUUGUAAGGGCAAAACAGAGGAUGAGAAACAGCAAUGGCAACGAGCUUUAGUCUACAUAGCAAACAUUCCCGGAUACCAUAACUUGAGAUGUUUGGAUGGAGUCGACGCUCUUAAUGCAGAAAAGAAUUCGCUGCUGUGGUUGGACUCUGAGGUAGUGAACUGUGUACCAUCGGCUUGUUUCCGUAAUUUGGUUGGAAUCACAGCUCAUAUUGCAAAAAUGAUUCCGCUGCUGAGCUUGGAAUCCAAGGAAGUGAAAAUGGUCGGAAUUUGGGGUCCCCCGGGGAUUGGUAAGACUACCAUUGCAAGAUAUUUGUACAAUCAGAUCUCUUCAAACUUCCAGUGUUGCGCUUUCGUAGAUAUAUUAACCGGUUAUAGUAAGAGAGGCCACACAGAUGAGUAUAGCGUGACGUUGCAUUAUCAACAACUAGUUUUAUCUGAGAUUAUGAACCAAGAGGAUGCAAGGGAAAGUCAUUUAGGUGUGAUGCAAGAAAGGCUAAGGGACCAGAAAGUCCUUCUCAUUCUGGAUGGUGUGGAUGAUCCAUUGCUAUUACAUUCCGUGGCAACAAAUAGUAACUGGUUUGGUCCAAGGAGCAGAAUUAUUGUGAUUACAGAAGAUUUAAAUCUUCUAAAGUCUCAUGGGAUCAAUUGUAUUUACAAGGUGGAAUUACCAUCUAAAAAGGAAGCUCUUCAGAUGCUAUGCCAAUCUGCUUUCAUACAAAACUCACCAUCUGAUGGUUUCAUGCAACUCGCAACUGAAGUUGCAGAGCUUGCAGGUUAUCUUCCGGUGGGUCUCAGAGUCUUUGGUUCUUAUUUGCGAGGGAUACACAAAGAGUUUUUGUUGGCAGUGUGGCCUCAGCUCAACAUUAGAUUGGAUGGAGGAACUGAGAGCAUAUUAAAAUUUGGGUAUGAUGAGUUACAUGAGGGAGGGAAAGAUUUAUUUUUGCACAUCUCAUGUUUAUUUAAUCAUGGUACGGUUGACUAUCUCACACGGUUGCUUACAAGCCGCUUCAUGGAUAUUAAGCGUGGGCUUAAAAUAUUAGCUGAGAAAUCUCUCAUACAUAUAUCAGAACAUGGAAAUGUUACGGUGCACCAUCUGCUCCAACUGUUGGGCAGAGAAAUCGUCCGUAAAGAGUGCGUUCAUGAGCCUGGAGAACGUCGUUUUUUGGUGGAUUGUCUGGAUAUUUGUGAAGUCCUUGCGAAAGACACUGGGAAUAGAAGAGUUAUAGGGAUAUCGUUAGACAUGUCAGAAAUCGAGGAGGAGCUUUUAAUAAGUGAGAAAGGGUUCGAUAAAAUGACUAAUCUCAAGUUCUUGAAAUUCUACACAAACUCGGGGGAUAAACAAGCUAAAGUGCACAUACCUCAUGGCCUUGAUUAUCUAUGUCAUCAACUCAUAUUACUGCACUGGGAGGGCUUCCCGAUGAGAUGCAUGCCUUCUUACUUCUUUCCAAUAUAUCUCGUUGAACUCACAAUGAUAGACAGCAAGCUUGUAGUGCUAUGGAGUGGAAUUCAGCCUCUUGAUAGUCUCAAGUGUAUGAAUCUACGGGGCUCCUUAGACCUGAAAGAAAUCCCAGAUCUUACUCGCGCCACAAGCCUUGAGACAUUGGAUCUUGGCGGUUGCUCGAGUUUGAUUGAGCUUCCUUCCUCUAUUCGGAAUCUCCAUAAAUUGAAGGACUUAGACAUGGAACGUUGUAUACAUCUCGAGGCUCUUCCAACUGACAUCAACUUGGAAUCUCUCUAUUACCUUAAUCUCAAUGGAUGCUCAUGCUUGAGAAGUUUCCCACAGAUAUCAAUAAGCAUUUCAGAUCUCUAUCUUGAUGGAACUGCGAUAGAGGAAGUUCCUGGUUGGAUCGAACAUAUCUCUGGGCUCUCUUACCUAUCUAUGAAUGGUUGCAACAAGUUAAAGAAGAUAUCCCCAAAUAUAUCUAAACUGAAACUUCUUGUGGAGGUAGACUUUUCACAAUGCAUAGCAUUAACUGAAGAAAGCUGGCAGAACCACCCCGAGGAGAUUUGCACUUCUCUCAUGAGUGUAAACAUGUCUGGUAACAGUUUCCAGAGACUUCCAGACACGUGGACUUCUAUUCAACCUAAAGAUCUUGACAUCAGUAAUUGCCGAAAUCUUGCGUCUCUCCCAAAUCUCCCUGCAUCACUCUGCAAUCUAACGGCGAAUCACUGCGAAUCACUUGAGACUCUAUAUGGCCCCUUCCAACAGAGACAGAUGGGUCUUCAAUUUAUUAACUGCUUCAAACUGAAUAACAAAGCGAGAGCAUUCAUUCUACGUUCAGACUGUGCCUAUGCUAUCUUACCUGGUGAAGAACUUCCUUUAUAUUUCCCUCAUCGAGUUGAUGGAAAUCUUAUAACCGUCCCUUUACCUAGGACCACUCUUUUCAGAAAAGUCUCGAGUUUUAAAGCUUGCAUCAUGGUUGAAUCAAGAGUAUGCUGGUUUGACUUUGGGGUGAAUUGGUUUUCCAGAGGUGCAGCGGGUACUAAAUAUUUCAGUUUGUCAACAAACAUAUACUCUAAGAAGAAUCAUCUCAUCAUAUUCGGUUUUGAGUUCUCUUCGGAUGGAUUCAGUGAUCAUUUGCAGUUUGACUUUUUUUGCCGAGACAAAAAGAAGAAAACGAUAAAGAUAAAAGAAUGUGGUGUACAGCUCUUGGUGGUUUCUCCAUCUUUGAAUGAUAGUAGGAAACGCUUUGAAACUGAGGACGACGACAAGUCUGGAGUGACCUACGCAGAGUCGAGUAGAAGCAGUAAGCAAAUGCGUGUAACUUAAAAGCAUCUCAAGAACCUCCUGAGGUUAGAAUACCAAACUUUAAAUUGAGUUUUGGUUUGGUCCAACUGGAGCAAGGAACAAAUAAUUACGAUGUCUUUAUUGGCUACACCAGUUGUCCAUAUACCAUGAAAUGUCCUGAAGAUGAGAACUCCGAUAAAUGCAAUUCUACUGAAGCUUCCUUUGAAUUUACUGUGGGAGAUAGUACAAAUGAGAAGGGAAAAUUCAAGGUGAUGAAUCUGUUCCAAGUUAAGCAUUUGCCUUCCAAGCAGCAACAUUUUUUUGCUAUUUCUUGUUCUAGUUAAAUUAAAGAAUCUUACUCACGAUUCUCUCUCUCUCUCUAUACUGAGAAAUCUGUAAAGGCUAUCUUUCUUGCACGAGGAUAAUUCAAACCUUACUGUUUUCAAUCAAGGUUUAGCUUGAGUGUAA